UCCUCUUUGACCGGUCGGCUGACGUCGAGCUGCUGCCACGUCAUCGGACGCUCCGUCACCACCAACAACAUCAAACAUGGCGGCGUCCGUCCGGGAGAAGCAGACGGUCGCUCUGAAGCGCAUGUUGAACUUUAACGCUCCUCCUCUGAAGAACACAACAGCCGAGCCAGUAUGGAAGGUGUUGAUAUACGACAGGUUCGGCCAGGACAUCAUCUCCCCGCUGCUGUCCGUCAAAGAGCUGAGAGACAUGGGCAUCACCCUGCACCUUCUGCUUCACUCAGACAGAGAUCCUAUCCCUGACGUUCCUGCCAUCUACUUCGUCAUGCCCACAGAGGAGAACAUAGACAGGAUAUGUCAGGACCUGAGGAACCAGCUGUACGAGUCAUACUUUCUGAACUUCAUCUCUGCAAUCAGUCGGAGUAAACUGGAGGACAUCGCCAGCGCCGCCCUGGCUGCUAACGCCGUCACCCAAGUCACCAAGGUUUAUGAUCAGUACCUCAACUUCAUCACUCUGGAGGACGACAUGUUCGUGCUCUGCCAUCAGAACAAGGAGCUCAUCUCGUACCACGCCAUCAACAGAGCAGACAUCCAGGACACAGACAUGGAGGCCAUCAUGGACACCAUCGUCGACUCGCUCUUCUGUUUCUUUGUCACGCUCGGUGCAGUGCCGAUCAUUCGCUGUCCCCGUGGAAACGCAGCAGAGAUGGUCGCCGGGAAACUUGAUAAGAAGCUCCGAGAGAACCUGCGGGACGCCAGAAACAGCCUCUUCACUGGAGACAACAUGGCUGCCGGACAGUUCAGUUUUCAGAGGCCUCUGUUUGUUCUGGCUGAUCGUAACGUGGACCUGGCCACGCCCCUUCACCACACCUGGACCUAUCAGGCGCUGAUCCACGAUGUGCUGGACUUCCAGCUGAACCGGGUGGUGAUGGAGGAGGGCAUGGGGGCGGCGCCAUCUCCUGCCGGUGCCAGACCAAAGAAGAAGAACAGGAAGAUGUACGACCUGACCGCUGCCGACAAGUUCUGGCAGAAACACAAGGGCAGUCCGUUCCCAGAGGUGGCAGAGUCGGUCCAGGAGGAGUUGGACACUUACCGAGCGCAGGAGGACGAGGUCAAACGCCUGAAGAGCAUCAUGGGUUUAGAGGGCGAGGACGAAGGAGCCAUCAGCAUGCUGUCAGACAACACGGCCAAACUCACCUCUGCUGUCAGCUCUCUGCCCGAGCUGCUGGAGAAGAAACGACUGAUCGACCUGCACACCAACGUGGCCACAGCCGUCCUCGACCACAUCAAGAGUCGUAAACUGGACGUUUACUUUGAGUUUGAAGAGAAACUGAUGAGCAAGUCGACCUUAGACAAAUCUAUACUGGACAUCAUCAGUGACCCAGACG